CCUGUAUAUAAAUAGCCACACUUACAUAACCUAAUCUGCCAAAAAAAAUAAAAUGCUCAAAAACGCUUUGAAAUUACUUAAACGCCAAUUGCACGCGAAAUCCGUUGAAGUGCCCGAGUGGUUGCCGAAUAGUUUUGAGCUUUCGUCGAGCUUCAACGGACGAGCGGAGUACGCGCGCGAUGUGGCGACCAGCAUGAUCGUCUACGAGAACUUCUUAAGCGUCGAUGAAGAACAGAGCAUUCUAAACGAGAUCGAGCCCUACCUGAAAACGUUACGGUACGAAUACGAUCACUGGGACGAUGCAAUUCACGGAUAUCGCGAGACGGAACGAUUGCACUGGAACGACGACAAUGUGAAGAUUCUCGAUCGCGUCCGAUCUUUGGCCUUUCCGCCUAGCGUCACUCCGCUACAGUACGUUCACAUAUUAGACAUCGAUCGAAAGGGCUACAUUAAGCCGCACAUCGAUUCGGAAAGGUUUUGCGGCGACACGAUCGCGGGUCUGAGUCUCCUCAGCGAUUGCGUUAUGCGCUUGGUGCGCGACGACGAGAAGGAGUUGCACGUUAACGUCCUGUUGAGGCGGCGAUCGUUGUAUAUAAUGAAGAGCGUCGCCCGGUAUAAGUACACGCAUGAAAUCCUAAAGUCGGACUGUAGCCUUUUUAAGGACGAGGAAGUGAGGAGAGAGCGGAGGAUCUCAGUUAUAUGUAGAAAUUCUCCGUAGCGAAAUUAAAUUAUCCGUAAAUAUUUAAAUAAAGAAUUAUUUAUCAUUAAA